AUGGACAUUGAGACUGGCAGAUACCUGCAGAGAAGAGACAGCCGCGUUCUCGAGUCUUGCUUGCCUAACCAAAUCACCAUCUGUUAUCUCACUUUCCCUUCGACGCGCGUUGUUACACACACCGUGAUCGACUACGGCUGCGGCGAUUAUGGCUAUGCCGCAGGCACCUCGGGGAAGUCCAUGAUCGUCCAGCCUGAACCACGACAACUGACAGAAUCACUCACCAGGCAUUUUGCCAAGUGUAUAGGGGCAUUGAGCCUGGAACCCUUCGGCCAUCCCUCACAACUGCGCAACAGCUUGGGUCCAUCCUCAGUUCAGGAACCUCCAUAA